AUGCCCACUGCAGGGGGUUUCAAGCGCUUUUACUCGCGUACAGCGCUGCUGCUGCUGCUGCUGUCGCCGCUUACCGUAAUCUUUUUCCCUUCGAGUCCCCCAGGCGUCACUUAUGCUUACACUGUGCAACCACCAGCGAUGGAGACGCCACCGAGCGGUUCGAUGCUCUUCUGGCCAGAGAUGCUGAGCCUUAUGGCGACUACCCCAACGAAGAACAAUGCCACGGUGAAGGUAUUGUCGCCGAACUUGCCGGGCAAACAGCACUCGGAUGCUGAGGUGACCACUGGCGUCACCUCUGCUGAGGUGUCCGCCAUGCUUCUCAAGUACCCGCACUUGGUGCUGUCAGACGGCUUGACUUCAACGGCGGUGGCGACGAAGGCGGAUAGCGCCUGCUCAUUUAACAGGAAAACUACGGUAAGGCGCUUCGGCAGCCAGCCGCCACUGGGGGACGGGAGGGAGCUUCGUCCCAGGUCGAUGCAGUCGAUCACCGCGCUCUUUCACAACACUGGUGCUGGUGAAGCAGGCGCAGACAUUUUCAUUGCUAACGCCACGUACAUGGCGCAACUUCUGCUCUCUGGCGAGCCGGAGAAGUGGUCCAUCUCUCUCUCCACGAGCGGCAGCGUCAUUUUGUCUUUGAUCGUUCAGGCGAUCGCGGUGUUGACUAGCUCACGCACCAAGGUCUGCACCCCUAGGGUAGAUUCCAUGGUAGUGCUGCAGGCGGAUCCACAACGGAAGGUGAUCGGUGAUGGCUAUGGCGGUCUUCUCGUAGAGGUUUCGGUGAACUGCGGCGUCACCAGCUUGAUGACUAGCCGUCUCCUUGACAUGCUAGAGUACAACAGUAUGCUGCUCUUUCUCAACACAACGAACAUCACUCUCGCAUUCCAGAACAGUUCUCGCUCGUUGUCGACGGUUGAGGUGGCCGCAACGGCGGUCCGCACUACAGGAAACGCGGCUAUCUGUGACAAGGCAUGUCAGGGCAUGAUUGCCAUGGCCUGCGUCUUGGUGACCCUGAUCGCUAUUUCGGUCACCAUCACCCUGACUGCCGUCUGCUGCCCGCGUUUCUGUUUACAUGUCUAUGACAGGAACUCAGCCAAGAAGUCCACCACAUGCGAGUCCCCAACCUACAACACCUCUGACACAAAUGGGGCCGAGGAGUGCAAUGUGCGGCAGGGCAUCGAGGUAAGAAGCCGCGAGGGCUCCUCGCAUGCACCCAUGAGUACAUCCGAAGAAGAGAGGGGUCAGGCCGAAUAA